GAGAGGGAGGAAGUUGCUGCCUUAGAAGACGGUCUGGUGUACGUGGAGGACAGAGUCUUGCGGAAGUACCAGUUUCUCCGACAGUUGAAGCAGGACAGGGAAUCGUCGGUGUCUUCUUUCCUGCGGGACCAGAGUUCGCUGAUUAAUAGGAGAAGCAGCGUCCCCAGAUCGCUCAAUGCGAGACUGCUUCCUUUGGAGGAGAUUCUAGAGGAGUACUUUCUGAUAGAUGAACUCGAACGUGGUAGGGGUGGAGGAGUUGUGGAUCCAAACGAAAGUAACGGUACCCAUCCGAACGCGGCCAUCGCAACCGCUACAACCUCCAAAUCCAAAGAAAACUACGAAGCUUCCUUACGCCCAUUUGGCGUGGAGCUAGAAAGUCUGGGAGCUUUUCGAAGACAACUACGCGAAAUCGCCAGAUUCUAUGCCGCUAGGAUCGACCUAAGACACGGGGAGGCGUUCUUUAACAUAGAAGACGUCUGCGACGCACUGUACUUCAUCGGCAGAGGAGCAGUUGAAGUCAGGACGCCAAAGGCUUCGAGUACCACGACCAUGAGCGCCAGCCUAUGUGGUGCGGGAAGUUUGUUAGGUAGUGCGGCUUUUCAACGACGACUGAGGUAUGGCUUCGAAGCGAUGGCAGUUGGUGGAGGCGGAACGGUCGGAGGAGUGCAGGAACAGUCAAUGUCCGCUCGGAAGUCGGGAGGAGCUCAUAGUGCCAAUAGUACUGCUGCGGGAGCGCCAUCAACAGGAGAGCAAGGGCCGAUCGUGGUCACUGCUUACAGAAUCGAUAGACUCAGUGUACAAAAAAUGGAGAGACAGAAGCCAGCACUAGCUUUGAUCAUUCAGAAGGUCUUGUUGCAAGACGUAAGCGUCUGUUAUCUUUAGAGCCUGAGGCCCACAAUAUCAAUAGCCAUACUUGAGGUUGAGGAUAAACCUAAGUACAAUUUGCGGAAUUAUUUUCACUCAUCGACAUCAUUUUUGAUGAGAUGAAGACUUCUACCAUAGGGAGCUGUCAGAAGUGUAGUGUCCAAGAACAAUAUCUAUUUCUUGCAUUUCCAUCUUUCUUUAGAGCUCCGACAGUAUUUUUCUCGCUUUAUCCACUUAAAAUCUAGAUCUACUAUAGACAUCGUUACUAUCCUUCUAGUUUUGCCAUAGGUCUUGUUCGAUCGUAAAAAAGUUACUCAAAAAGAUCUACACGCACAAAUCUUCACACUGCGACAUUUUUGAAGUCGUAUGACAAGUUAUGCCGUUUUCCAUUUUUUUUAUUUUCAUAGCAAUCCGCACAGCUGUGCUUUUGAUUUAUUUCGCCUCCAUGCAGCAGACGACUACCGUGCUUGUGUACAAAAGUUUGAUUCGACUUGCGUCAACGAC